AUGUACAAAUUUCCGAUCAAAUCGACGGAUACUGCAGUUGCGACGGUCGCAAUGCAGUCGACAGAUGCUGAGGCGUCUACAUGGAAUGCGGAGUCGGGAUAUGAUAAAAGCAAGGGUGAAAAAGCGAAGAAAAAGGAUGACGCUGCCGAAUGCAUUUGUUCUCGCACUUCACUCCGCAGUAACUCGGCAAUGUCGUAUGCUGAUAGAAGGAAGGAAAUCAAAUAUGCUUCUGCAUCCUGA